UCACAACUAAUCUGCCAGUCCGCGCGCCGGCAGACGGGUAAGGAGCGGAGCCACGGGCGUGGUUACGUCUUGGCCAGAGAAGGGAAAAGAACCGCCGCCAUUUUCUCAAUGACUGCGAAGGGAGUGGAGCUCUUCUGGCACAACGUCGAUAUUUACGGCUGAUAUGACGGUGUUUAGCCGGUAGAACCGCUCGAAAUCAUGGCUGUGAAGUUUGUUCUCUCCUUCCUGACUCUGCUGGCGCUGCAGGCCGCGGCUCAGGAGCUUCAAUACUUUGAGAUCGGUGAGAGUCUGAAGCUCAACCCAAAUCCCUCUGAGGCCAUCAGCAGCAUCACCUGGAAGCAUAAGGGGAACAUUGUAGCUGAAUACAUCAAGGAUGCGGUUCCUCUGGAAUAUCUGGGUGACUUAAAAGGCCGAGCAAACGUGAACCUGACCACUGGAGUGUUGACCGUCAGCAACAUGAGAAAAUCUGACGACGGGCUGUUCACGGUGGAGAUCAACAACAAAGUCCUUCCUGUCAGCUUUAGCGCCGUGGGGAUCGCGAACCUAGAAAACCACCGUGUUGAAGUCAUCGUGAGGCCUCUGACGUGCGACAGCAGUGCCGAUAAAUGCUCUCUGGAUUGCGGUGACGCAUUUACCGACGCCGAGCCCGUCCAGUACUUCUGGAAGAAAGGAGGAACUGGCCAGUGGGAGAAGGGGGAAAAGAGGAUCAACAUUUCUAAAGCGACUGAGACGUUUGACACCUUCACAUGCAGAGCGCAGAACCGAUUCAGUCAGAAGAUGAGUGCCCCGCACGACAACCCCUACAAGAAGCCUGCAGGCGGCGGUUCAAACCUGGUUCCUAUUAUUGUGCUGCCUUUAUUAAUUUUGGCAGGCGGAGCUGGUGUUGUUGCAUGGCUUAUGAUCAAGAAGCCGCAGUUUGUUCAAAAUCUGCUUAGUAGAAACUCUAGACAACCAGCAGAGAACGAGAAGGAGCUAGAAGAAGGUCUGAGUCCCAACGGUAAUCCAGACUCUGGGGUGACCUCCCCACCCUGAAUCAAAUCAGACUCAUGAGGGCCUGAUAUCUGUGGAUCCUUCUCGACCAGAACUCCACCAUGUUCUGUUUGCCUCCCCAAAGGAAACUGGUUAUAAAGCCUUCUGCCCUCAUGCAUCUCUGCAUGUCAACAUCAGGACCGAUUCCUCCUGGUCAGCGAGGACGAAGCUCCUCAGUGUUUAUCUGGAUCUUCCAUUUGACCAUCAUGUUUGGAUUAAUUAUGAAGGGAAACCAAAUCUGCGGCGUUUAAACAUGAACAGUUUUUUUUUUUAACCAUAUGAAUUUGUUGAAUUGUUUUGUUUCCCAUCAUUUUAGCAGUUUGAUCAUUUGUGGAUGCGAAUCAGGAGUUUUAGAAAGCUUGAUAAAAUUGUUUUUAAAGACCUGUUUGGAUAAUGAACAGUAAUGAUGAUAAACUGAGAUGUAAUGAAUGUAAUGUGUUAUUAUUCAUAUCCAUCUAACGCUGUUGUGCUGUAAAAACCUCAUUUUUAAAACCCAUUUUAGGGGAAUCUGUUCACUGUGCCUCUGGGGAAACAUUCAAUGUGACUCAGUUUUUGCAUAGGACUUUUACUUAUUUUAGUUAUUUAACAAUCGGAUGAGGAAUUCCCAGCUGUCUAUGUAUUAUGAUGAAGCCAUGGGAUUGACCAAUAGCUUGGACGCAUUAUGCUUUUUAAGUUUGUUUUUAAAUGCACUGGAAUAAGUUGGAGCUGCUCAGGGAGACAAUAGGAAGAUGGUGAGCUGUUUCCCCAGGAAGCUCAGGCUUUAAAACGAGCGACUUACCCUGUGUGUGUGUGUGUGUGUGUGUGUGUGUGUGUGUGUGUGUGUGUGUGUGUGUGUGUGUGUGUGUGUGAGAUAUUGAUGGAUGGAAUUAAAACUGUUAGCAUCUAAUUUUGUGUUGCGUCGUAAAAGCCUGUUUUCAGUGCUACUCAUGUAUUUAUUCGUUUUUCCACUGCUAUGUAAAGUGCCUUUUAAAAUAAAUUCAUUGCGUCGCCGA